AUGCUCACGCAUACUCCAGUACAACCUGCGCCGCACAAUGACCUGGUCGUCACCAUAUCCUCUGGAACGUAUGCCGGGCUUAUCGAUGGGACAACACCAGACGUGCGACAAUGGCGCCGACUACCAUUCGGCCUACCGCCAGUUGGCGAGCGUCGAUGGCUUCCUCCAGAACCCGUCGAGCCCAACAACGACACACGUAUCCAAGAUGCCACAAAAUAUCCACCUUCCUGCCCGCAGUACCUGACCGCCGCUCCCAGUAUCUGGAACUUCUUGGUUCCGCAGUUCACGAUUGCGACUGUGGGCCAGAACAAGACGGCUAGGGCGUAUGCCAACUCGGCAUCCGAGGACUGCUUGUACCUUGCGGUUUGGGCGCCUCGACGCCAGCGGGAGAGGUUACCUGUCAUUAUGUUCAUAACCGGUGGCGCGUUCGUUAAUGGUGGAGUUGAUGUGCCUUAUCAGAUUCCUGCUCAGUGGGUGCAGCGGACGCGGUCUCAUAUUGUGGUGACGAUCAACUACCGACUUGGUAUCAUGGGAUUCCCAGGGACACCUGCGUUAGACCAAGUCAAUGUCGGGCUUUGGGAUCAGCGGGCAGCCCUCGAGUGGGUACGUGAGAGUAUUGCAGCGUUCGGCGGCGAUCCAGAAAAGAUCACGCUAUGGGGCCAAUCUGCGGGAGCUAUUUCAGCCGAAUUCCAGUCAUUCAUCGAGUAUGAUGAUCCAAUCGCUCGGGGAUACGUUAUGACCUCUGGUUCUUUCGGAUCCGGCUUCACCUCUGCAAACCGCACCGGUCUAUCUUUCUCAGCGGUCGCCGCGCACUUUGGGUGUCGAAACUCGACGGCUCCCGCAUCAGAACUCGCAUGCAUGCGCCAAGUCCCCGCCGAAAGACUAGUCACCGUAGCAAGCACGUUACCCGGCAUAAGUUUCCACCCAGUCCAAGACAACAAAACCGUCUUCACAGACUAUGUGGCGCGCUACAAAAGCGGCCAAUUCGCCCACAAGCCCGCGAUAUACUCGACCAACACCAACGACGCCACCGGCGACCUACCCUUUCCCCCAAACCCAGCGUCCGUAAACACCACAAUCGAACGCAUCAUCACAGACAAAGUCUAUAACUGCCCCGCAGCGACCUCAUCCCGCCUCCGCAGCGCCUUCAAUCCCCACGUCUACCGCUACCAAAACGCCGCCAACUUCUCCAACGUCUCGCCCGUCCCCUGGCUCGGUGCCUAUCACUUCUCCGAUCUGGCGUAUAUCUUUGGCACGGACCCGGAUUUCCGCGGGGCGAGCGGUGCUUAUGAGAACGAGGUUUCGAGGGGUUUGCAGGAUUUGGUGGGGGCGUUUGUGAGGGAUCCGGAAGGGGUGCCGGGGUGGCCGGUUUUUGGGGAGGGGAGGAUGGUGAGGACGGGGAGGGUGGGAGGGCCGGCUGUGGAGGUUGUGGAGGAGGGGGUUGUUGAUGCGGGUUGUAGUGUAGAUUGA